AAUUGCGCCUCAUCACCUACGUUGGUGGACCAGAACGAUUUGACGCAGACGGAGGAACUGGACCGUAUUGCGGACGAGGAAGUGCAGGGAAUGUUACGUCGAAGUGAGCAGAUUCGCCGGCGAUUGCUUGAAGAAAGAAAUAUGCAGGCAUCGAAAGAAAUUGAUGAGAGCAUAGCGAUGCUGCUAGAAUACGCCGAUGACUUGGAUAUGCUGCCGAAUAGAGAAUCACAUUAUCCAAUAAGCAAUGGAGCGCCUUUGAAGCCGAUAAAAGGUGUUCGAAGUGACGGACCAAAGACGGCUUCGCAUGGAUCUAUCAGUUGUGGCGCUUCCAGAAACAAAUCGCAGCCAGUAAAAAAUCAGAACGGUAAUUUUUUUGAAAAUUUUUAUGUUGAUGUCUUGUUCAAGCAGUACGGAUCACAACUGCUGGAACAGAUCCACUUGCACGCAAUGAAUCAUGCUAUGAACUGCAGCUAA